UCGCAGGUUAUUUUGAGAAGAAAGGAGAUCACACUCCCCAAACGGCGCCGUCUCACUCCCAAUGGCCCAGUCAGCGAGAGUGGCGGUGAUCGGAGCAGGCGUCGCCGGCCUCGCUGCCGCCCGGGAGCUUCAUCGGGAAGGCCACCGCGUCGUCGUCCUCGAAAAAAGACACAGUCUCGGCGGAACCUGGCUAUACGACUCACGAGUCGACUCCGAUCCGCUCAGCCUCGACCCGGCCCGCGACGUCGUCGGCACCAGUCUCUACCACUCUCUCCGCACCAACCUCCCCCGCCAACUUAUGGGCUUUCUCGAUUACCCAUUUGCGAAGCUCCCCCAUGAGGACCAAAGAACCUUUCCAGGUCACGAGGAGGUGCUUCGGUUUCUGAACGAGUUCGCCGACGAGUUCCAACUCCGCGAGUUGAUUCGGUUCUGCACCGAGGUCGUCCGAGUGGAUCGAGCCGAGGGAAGGAACGACGCGUGGGUGGUUGAAUCUAGGAAUCACGGGUCUGACUCGGCAGCGGUGGUGAGGGAGGUGUAUGACGCUGUGGUCGUUUGUAACGGUCACUUCACUGAGCCCCAGCUCGCUAAGGUUCCAGGUAUUAAGAAAUGGCGUGGAUAUCAAAUACAUAGUCAUAAUUAUCGUACUCCCGAACCGUUCACGGGUCAGGUAUUUCUUCAUUUGCCAUAA